AUGGAGAUUUACUGGGACAAAACUGUAGGGAGGUUAUGGUUAUCUCAGGGUGGUUAUGUGGAGAAGGUGUUAGAUAGGUUUAAUAUGGCUGAUGCAAAAUCAGCGGAGUCGAAUGAGAAAUUAAAAAGCCAUGGCGAGCACGCAGGGGUGGUGAUCCUCGGAGGGAAAUCAUCAGCUGGAAGUGGGAGUGGGAGAGCGCUUUGGCGAAAGAUGGUUUUGGCCCUGAAGGUGUAUCGAAUGUUCAAUGAAAUCACCAUUACCGCCCAGACCCCUGCACAAAGCCCUACUGCAGGGAUUACAGAAAUUAUGUCCGUUUCCUCUCAAGUGUCCCUGAUUGUCCAUUCUGGCUACAUAGAGCUCGCACACGAAAACAUAGCCAGUAUCGUCAAGAGAAGGGACUUGAGGUCCCUUCGUGAAUUUGGAGGCGUCCAAGGAAUCGCAGAGGCUCUCAAAACUGAUUUAAGCAAUGGACUCCCUGGUGGUAGGGAAGUUCCUUGCUUUCGAUGUGCAGCCAGCCUGCGCUGCAAAACAAAAGCUCUGGCAAGCAGCUUCUUUCACUCCCUAUUAAAAGCUUCCAACAACCUUAUCAUUGGUCUCCUGCUGCUGUCUGCGGUUCUGUCACUGUGCUUUGGCGUCCAAGAGGAAGGCCCACGAACGGGCUGGCGCACAGGGGUCAUGAUAAUUAUCGCUGUCCUCAUACUUUUAUUAGUUUCUUCAAUAAGGAACUUCUGGUAUGAAAAUGCGCCAUGGUCACCUGGAAGGCAGAAGCUGUCAAAGGAGAAGGAAAUAGUAGUCAGCGUCUUGAGAGGGGGAUGCCAGCAGCAGAUCUCUAUAACUGAUGUUUCGGUGGGUGAAGUUGUUGUCUUAGAGAAGGGAUGUAAGGUUCCUGCUGAUGGUUUGCUCAUAUCCUCUGAUUACUUAGAAUUGGAUGAUGGAUCAAAGUGUGAUAUUAAUAAUGAAAACCCAUUUUUGUUCCAUGGUGCAAAGGUGAGUAAUGGGAAUGGUUCCAUGCUUGUGACAUCCAUGGGAUUGAACACACCUCGGGGUGAGAUGAUGAGCAAGGUAACGCAUGCUACUAACAAAACCCCCUUACAAACUCAACUUGACAAGGUGAAUGCUCGCAUGCAAGUUAUUGGGCUGCUAAGCUCCAUUAUCAACCUCAUAGUAUUAUAUGUUCGCUUUAAGCUAGGAAAGGAAAACGAUGAAUCUGGAAACCCAGACUUUAAGGGAAAACCAACUCCAAUUGAGGAGUUCAUGGAAGCUGUCAAGAAUGUUGUUAUGAAACAAAAAGUCAAUAUUAACUUCUUGACAACAUCUCUAAUCACGUUGUUUGUAGGGAUAGUGGAAGGAUUACCUUUCAUCAUUAUGGUUGCCAUCACUUACUGGAACAGGAAAAUGUCCAAAAAGGCCUUUGCUCGGCACCCUUUAGCUUGGGUCGACAUAAGCUCCGUUACAAAAAUCCUCAUUGAAAUCUGCAUUGGUAGGCUAACAUCACACCCACCAGAAGUUGAUACGUGCUACAUUUGUGAAGAAUAUAUCAUGGAAGACUCAGACUCUGCAAAACUUGCUAACGUUGGUGAAGCUCUGCGAAAUGGAAUCAGCACACCCAUUUUAUUCCCCAGAGCCCUCGUAGCUCAAAAAAGGACCCGCUCUGUACCUGGGCCAGAAAGAAUUUGGGCAUGGAUACGGAGAUUUUUGAGCAGGAACAUGAGAUCCUUGAGACUGAAGUAUUGA